AUGCUUGGAAAGGUUGUCCUAGAGGAGACAUAUGAACACGCUGGCCUGGCGGAGGAGUCGAAAGAGACGCCGAUUUGUAUGUCGCUCCUUGGGACCGUGAGCGUGAGCGCUAUGUGCGCCAAAUCCAUGUCACCGGGUGAGCGUCUCCAAUUAUCCAACGGACAUGGUAUCGCAUAUACAGUGAUCUUCUUGACUCUCUCCGGGAUCCAGAACAUUGCGGACAAGACCGAGGCGGCGAAAGUAGCGACUCUGACGAACAACUGGAUCGCAGAGCAGAUCAAGGAGCAUCAAGACCGUGUUGGGAGCUUUUUCCUGGAUGUCAAUUCAUGA